AUGUCAACAACCUCUUGCCAAAUGAUGGGAUUCAUGCUGUCUAUGCUGGGAUUGGCAGGGUGCAUUGCUGCCACAGGGCUAGACAUGUGGAGCACUCAGGACUUGUAUGACAACCCAGUCACAUCUGUGUUCCAGUAUGAAGGGCUUUGGAGGAGCUGUGUGACGCAGAGCUCUGGUUUUACUGAGUGUCGACCGUAUUACACUAUUCUUGGUCUUCCAGCUAUGUUGCAAGCCGUGAGAGCCCUAAUGAUUGUAGGCAUUGUCCUGGGUGUCAUUGGUCUUCUAGUAUCCAUCUUUGCCCUGAAAUGUAUUCGGAUUGGCAACAUGGAUGAUUCUGCCAAGGCCAAGAUGACUCUGACCUCUGGAAUAAUGUUCAUUGUGUCAGGUAUUUGUGCUAUUGCUGGAGUGUCUGUUUUUGCAAACAUGCUGGUCACUAACUUCUGGAUGUCCUCAGCUAGCAUGUACUCAGGAAUGAGUGGGAUGGUACAGACAGUUCAGACCAGGGGUCUCUUCAAAGAGUCUUCAACAGUGUAA